AUGCCCACACUGCUCCUCUCACCGUCCACCACGGCUCGACUCGAUGGGAUACGGAAAGACGAGCGCAUCCCCGUCUCGAUUCGGGAGGCAAUCUCCUCCUUACCCCGCUCAUUCUCCGCCGCCGCGUCUUCCGACGCCGUCAAGAUGGACGGAUCCAGUCCUGCUGUACCGUGCGCGGAGGAAACAAAGGUGACAGAGACUGGGCGACUUGCGAUCCCGCAUCGCGUCCUUGUCGAUCUGGCCUGUUGGGCCCGGACAAACAUGAGCGAUGAAGGGAGAGGGCAAGCGCAUGGAUGGACGCUUUGGGACCUCGUGGCCGGCUCUGAGGUCUAUGUCGAACCCAAAAAAGUGGCUGAGAGGUCAAAGGAGCUGGAAGCCUCUCUUCUCGCCAUCCGGAAAGCGCAAGACGAAGCAAUGUACCACCAACUCACGACCUCGCUGCCCUUCACGCGGUCCGGCAUCCCAGCGUCCUUCCGCUCCAUCGCCGGGGUCGAUCCGUCCGCCCCGCUCGCCGCGCGCAUCUCAGCCGGCCUCGCACCGCCCUCGACCGCGACACAAGAGCACCAAGAUGCGGAAGCAUGGCGCGAAGUACGCUCCAUCCUCUCGGUCCUCCUCAACGUACUCCUCAGCAUCGCCGCCGUCGUCGCCGCCGUGUGGUACGGCCUCGGUACAUCCACACCCGUACCGUUUCGCGUCCUCGUCUCCCUGCUCGCCGCCAUCGUCACCGCUCUCGCUGAAACGGCGCUCUAUGCCCGAUACGGUGACUAUGUCAGCAAGAGUCGCAGCGUCAAAGAACGAAGGUUGAAGGGCUCCGACGCCGUCGUACCCGCGCCGCCGCCGCCAGGGACGGAGCGAGGCCCGCAAGCAACGUCGGACCAGCCGCCGUUGGACCAGCCGUUUUCCUUCAAGUGA